AUGUCAUCAGACUCGGUCCACGAAACGGACCCCGAAAAGGCAGCGGCUGCGCACAAGGCCGAGCUUGACGCCGAGACGAACGAGAAGACGCCCGCCGACGCCGCUGUCGGCUACACGGCCGCCGAGGAGCGGGCGCUGCUGCGGAGGCAGGACUUGACCAUCCUGCCGCUCUCGGCGGCCAUCUACUUCCUCUGCUACCUGGACCGGUCCAACAUCGGCAACGCGCGCAUCCUCAACUCGACGAGCGGCGACGACAUGCAGACCGAGAUCGGGGCGACGCCGCGCCAGUUCAACAUCGCCCUCAUGGUCUUCCUCGUCGGCUACGCCCUGUUCGAGGUGCCGUCCAACGUGCUGCUCAAGAAGCUCCGCCCCUCCCGCUGGCUCGCCUUCCUCAUGUUCUCGUGGGGCGCCAUCACCAUGGGCAUGUCGGGCGUCCGCUCCUUCUCGGCCACCGCGGGCGUGCGGUUCCUGCUGGGCGCCGCCGAGGCCGGCCUGUUCCCGGGCCUGGUCUACUACCUGACCUUCUGGUACCGCGCCGACGAGCGGAGCGUGCGCGUCGCCUUCAUCCUGGCCAGCGCCACCCUCGCCGGCGCCUUCGGCGGCGCCAUCGCCUACGCCAUCGGCCACAUGAACGGCGCCCGCGGCUGGUCCGCCUGGCGCUGGCUCUUCCUCAUCGAGGGCGCCCCCUCGUGCGCCUCCGCCCUGCUCGUCUGGUUCUUCCUGCCCGACUACCCGGAGGAAUCCCUCUCCGGCCGCCACCGCCAGGUCGCCAUCGACCGCCUCCGCGUCGAGGGCAGCAAGGCCGGCCACCGCACCAUGACCUGGGCCGACGCCAAGGCCACCCUGACCGACUGGAGGCUGUACGGCCACUACAUCAUCUACUUUGCUGUCUCCCUCCCCUUCAGCUCCCUCUCGCUCUUCACCCCGUCCAUCACGGCCGGCCUGGGCUACAAGGACUUGCAGGCCCAGCUCAUGACGGUUCCUCCCUGGGCCGCCGCAUAUGUCACGCAGAUUGUUGUCUCGUACUCGGCCGACCGGUUCAACGCCCGCGGCAUUCACAGCGCCGCGCUGGCCCUGGUCGGCGGCGUCGGCUUCAUGGCGUCGGCGCUGCUGCCGCCCGACGCCUACCUCCACCGCUACGGCUGCCUCAUCGUCGCCACAGCCGGCUCUUUCGCCUGCAUCCCCCCGCUGCUGGGCUGGCUCACGUCGAACGUGCACUCGACCGCGUCCGUGGGGCUGGCCAUCGCCAUCAACGUCAGCUUCGGCGCCGGCAUGGGCCAGAUCCCCGGCGUCUGGAUCUACAAGGCCGACGAGGCCGCCAGGGGCUACCCCACCGGCCACUGGGCCAAUGCCGCCAUGCUCUUCCUCGUCGCCCUCGGCGCCCUCGGGCUGAGGGUCCUGUACGGGUAUAGAAACAGGAAGCUGCUCAGGGAGAGCGGCGGCCAGGAGGUUCGGCUGUACAAGCUAUAAUUUUGUGUUCAACCAAAAAAAAUGCGCGUCUGGUGUUGUUGAUUGAUUCACUAAUCAUUAAUUACGGUUCAGUCACCACCAGCCGAGUCAGAGGGGAUCUCGUUCCGGUCCUUUCUGUGAUUGCGGAUGCUAUUGUGGGCACAGUCAGGGACUCUCACUGCCUAAUUAAUCAUGGCCACGGUUCCUUCUUCUUUCACUGUCGUCUUCUUGAUUGGGAUCGGGCUCAUGGUCGAGUGAAAAUAGUAAUUAAUUAGUAUCAAGGAUCCCAGGAUUGUGCCAACAUAAUAUAUCCGUUCUCGGCCUGCUGAUUUUUGAUAACU